AUGGAAACCAAGGCUAAUGAAGAUAUUAGCAAACGUUUGUAUGAAGAUUUUGAACCUUAUUGUAAAUGGAUCACAAAUGAAGGACAAAAGAUCCUUGAGGUUGAUUUGAAAGGUUUCAAAAAAGAGCAACUUAAGGUUCAAACCAACAAUAAAGGGGUUCUAAAAAUUUAUGGAGAAAAACCUCUAAGUGCAUCUAGUAAGAAGAAAUGGAGUCGUUUCCAUAAAGAAAUUAGGGUUUCAAAAGAUUGUGAAAUGAGUGGGAUUCAAGCAAAGUUUUCUCAAGGGAUUCUUUCUAUUGUGUUGCCAAAAAGUGAAGCAACUCAACAUGCGAAAGAUGUUGCAACCAUAGAGAAGCAUUCAUUAUGGGGUGUGCAAAAGAGAAAAAGAACCACCAUUCAAAUCGUGCUUGGAAUAGUGGCUGUGGUUGCACUAGGGACUUAUGUGGCAAGAAUAUUAGGAAAUAAACACCAUUAUGAUGCAUUUGAUAAUGUUAAUGUUGUGAAUAUUUAA